CAGAGACAUCACACCCUUUUGCAAUCAUGAAAGUCUUCUCCUCCCUGCUUGUAGCGGUGGCUACACUGCUGUCCAAUGCUGCGGCGCAAGAAUACACUGGUAGUGUUUGCGUGAAGUCACUCUCCGUCAAAGCCGGUCGUCAAGCUACCAUCACGACCUCUUUCCUCAUCUCGGAAGUCCCAAAUAAUGUGACGGAGGUGUUAUAUGGGAUCACGGUAGAGCCCCUAGUAAGCCCCCUAUCUUCGAAGAACCACACGGCCAAGAACAAAACAAGCAAGUUCGCGGGCGACGUUGAUGUCACUCUGCGGAAAACUCGCAUCUCCCCCAAUACCUGGCGGCCCAAGAUUUUCGCCAACGGUACUGGAACGGGCACCUCCUUCUUGCCGAUGCCGCUGAAUGGUCUGGUGUUGAGUAAGCAGUACAAAGUCACCUCAAAGAUUCGCAUUGGAAAGGGUAUUCCUUCUGGCACCUACGUUCCUUUUCAGAUCUUUGUGGAUUUGGUGGGAGGCGAUUUUAUCACUAGGGAAGAGGGACAAGUCUACGUCAGGUAGAUCCCUCGCUCGCAGAGCUAAGUCUCCUUCAACACGGUUGUGAAGGUGCAGCGUGUUCUUGAUAUAUGUUUCUAUGUGUGCGUCACGACGUCUGUGUCUAGGUGCAACUAUUCGUUAGCCCUAUACAUAAUCCUCGUAAUAUGUGACCAGUGGGCUUAACUCAAUAUGUGUUGAGGUAAUAAUACGGAAAGUCCACACCGAAAAGCAGCUGACAAGUAUUGUCGUGUCUUGUGUUCGUGGAUGUCAUCCCUUGCUCUCAAAAACAAUAAAGUCUAAAGAGAAGAGAGACUGGCCUCAUA